AUGGCAGCUCAGAAUUUUAAGUGCUUGAAGGCUAUGACAAAUGAUCCAAAACUAUGGCAUAGACGUCUUGGUCACAUCAAUACGCAUACCAUGCAUGAAUUAAUAAGUAAAGAUCUAGUUAAGGGACUUCCAGCCCUUGACUACAAACACAUUCCUACAUGUGACGCAUGCAUUAGAGGAAAACAAGUAAGAAGUUUAUUUAAACUGAAGAAAAUGGAUACCAUACAAAGUCUUAAUGAGAUUGAAGAACGACAGGUUGUAAACAUUGAAGACUCACAGCCUCAUCUUGAGACCCAAUCUCAAGACUUGGAAACAGCUCCUGAACAUAAUGCUUUCGAUACAGCAAUUAGAAAUUCCUCAAUGGAAAUUUCUUGCCUUCAAUCACAUUCUAAAUUGAAAGAAAUUAAGGUGGUAUAUGAUUUCAUUUUGAAGAGUAAAAUGAAAGUAUAUGUGUUUGUAGAUAAUAAUUUGAUUAAUGGGUAUUUGAGAUUUGGGAAGUUAAAGGAAGCCAAUAAGGUGUUCGAUGAAAUCUCUGAACGUAGUGUUGCUUUUUGGACUGCAAUGCAAAAUAGGCAUUUGAAAUUUGGUUUUUUAAGAGUUUAUGAAGUCGGGAUAAACAAGCAGGAUAUAGUUGCUUGGACUACGAUGAUCACUUCUUGCUCGCAACAGGGUUACAGUGAGAAAGCUUUCUCACUGCUAUCACGAAUGCUGGUUAACAGACAUUUUCUGAAUAAACAUACUAUAUGUAGUGUUUUGAAGGCGUGUGGAGAAGAAAAGGCACUGAAAUUUGGAAGACAAUUGCAUGGUAUUACAGUUAAGAAACUGAUCAAAAACAAUGUUUAUACUGAUAUUCUUUUGGUGAACAGUGUUUAG